AUGUCUGCGGGGCCGGCGGACUCGCCCCUAGUACCGGCAACUAGCCGGCGCAGGAGGCCCUUGUCCGAGCUGCUGGCUGGAAGAGUUAACAAACAAAAAUAUAAACCUGAAAGGGAACAGAAACUACAGGAAGCAGCUGUGUAUCUCCUGAAACGCCAUCAGAACUUGAAUGACUUAUUUCUUGAGGUAGGUGGUAUACAAUGUAAAAAGACAUUGUGUUUUACCAGCUUAAUUGACCAUGAAAUCUCUGGAGUGCCAGGAACUCAUUCUAAAUCAUUUAUAGUCUCCACUGUACAAGAGCAAGCAUCAAAGUUAGGUGUCCCAGUGGGAAUCCUGUCAGCUCGGACAGCUGCCUCCAGCCUGGAGCAGCUAUGUCAGGCUCCAGAGGGAUCCAGGCAAGCUGCUUUGCUGAACUCAGAACAGAGGAAGAAAUUAUCCUCCCUCUUAGAUAUUGCCCAAGAUUUAUUGGAACAUGGUCUCUUUUGUCGUGUCUCCUUCUGUCAAGAACUUUGGAAGGUGCAGCAUUCUCUGGUACUUGAAGCUGUCUGGCAACUUCACUCAAAAAGUGUUAUUGGCUUAGAAGAGCUGAUAGAGAGCCAUUCAGACUCCCAGACUGUGGUGGAUUGGGUAUUUAAUAACUUGUUCCUCGUGUGUGAACAAAUAGAAAAUGCCAUCAAAGAAGUGGACAUUGCUGAGCAUAUACUUUCUGAUUUCAUGAGAAUUUUUAUUCAGAGGGGAUUUCAGAAAGUACCAGAUUUGAGAAGAAAUGUAGAGCUUGAGAAGAUGCCCCAGAUCUGUAUUGCUGUACUACAGAAAAUACUGACAUAUAUACUUAGUGCUCUUGCUACUGAAAUACAAGAAGAGUCGUCUACAUUCAAGACAGUGAAGUGCUGGUUAAAUAUAUUCAAAUGCUCUGUUUAUGGAAGUAUGGUUUCACCCGAUUCUCUGCAAAAGUUUUUUUCUUACACCUUGACUCAGAUACUUAUUUAUAAUCCUGUACUAAAAGUGUGUGAUGCUGUUCAAAGGCAGAAGGAUUGGAGCUUUGCAAGAACUUGUCCUUUGCUCACUACCUUAUAUCGAAGACUGUUUGUGAUUUUCAACCCCAAAGUGCUGAUUGAACAUUUGCAAGAAGUCCUGGAAACACAUGAGGUCAACUGGCAGCUUGUCUUGUCUUGUGUGUCUACCCUGGUCGUGUGCUUGGCCGAAGCACAACAACUUGUUAAAGAUUUGUUGGCCCAUUUGAUGAUCAAAGCAUUUGAGAGUUAUGACUUAGAAAGCAUGAUCACUGCAUUUCUGAUAGCUCGUCAGGCUGCUCUGGAGGGACCUUCUGUAUUCAUUCCUUAUGCAGAAUGGUUUAAGGUUUCCUUUGGAAAUGUUAGUGGCUAUCAUGGCUGUAGUAAGAAAGCUUUAGUUUUCUUAUUCAAGUUUUUAUCAGACCUCGUACCCUUUGAAGCCCCACAGUACAUGAAGAUACACAUUCUUCAUCCACCAUUGGUACCAGUAAAAUACCGGUCUUUGCUUAUGGAAUAUAUUACACUAGCCAAAACUCGAUUGGCUGAUCUCAAGGUUGCUAUGGAAGAUAUGGGACUUUAUGAGGAUUUAUCAUCAACAAAAGAAGUUACAGAGCCCCACUGCCAGGCGCAACAAGAUGUGGAAAAGGCCAUUCAGGUGUUUGAACAGACAGGAAAAAUCCCGGUAACUGUAAUGGAAGCCAGUAUAUUUAGGAAACCCUACUAUGUGUCUCGUUUUCUCCCAGCUCUGCUCAUACCUCGUGUGCUUCCUGGAACUCCUGAUUCCCGGAUGGUUUUUAUAGAUUCUCUCAGAAGAGCUGAUAAACUUCCUCCAAAUUUGUAUUCCAACUACCUCCAAGCCUGUUCCACUGCAGAAGAAAGGCAACUAGAAGCUUUACUGAAUAUAGAAAGGCAAGGCUGUUGGCCAUCACUGUUCGUGAAGAUGAUCUGUGGACAUAGGCACCACCUUCCUGUAUUGUUUGCCAGAUUCUACCAACUUAUUUACCACCAGGGCGAAUGCCUGUCUGACAUUCAUGUUUUAGGCCUAGCUGCCCUGGCAGUUCACCUAAAUGAAUCUAAGUCCUUGGUUCCAGAAUUGGUUCUUGGAACUUCUGUCCAUGCAAAGACUCACUUAGUCACAGAAUUCUGGGAAAACCUUCUGUCAUGUAGAUCCCAGAAAUCCUUUUCCAUUUGCAUAAGGUUUUGUGUUGCGGCAAUUUCUUAUGCUUUGUGCAAAUUUUCCUCCCAUUCAUAUGAUGUUUUGUGUGACUGUUUACCUGCAGGCCUCGUUAAAAAGGUGCAAUUUUUUGUGCUUCGAAUGUACUUGGAAGCUCGAGGAACUAUUUGUCAAGAAGAUGUAGUGGAUCUACCUUGGAAGAACUUGUCUUCUCCCUCUGUAGAUUGGAAAAAAGCUGCCCUCUGUUUGUGGAAACAAAAGAAAUUCCAAAAACUUUUGAAGGAGAAACAAUUUCAAUUAACUUACAGAGAUUGGCUGCUAUUUGAGAUGGAAGUAAAACCUGACAAUGAUAUUCUUUCAGAUGCAGAAAGACAAUAUUUUCAUCAGUGGGCUUUGUAUCAGCAGUACCUUCCAGAAUCUUCUGUGACUGGGGGCUGUGAUGGAGAUUUGGAAAAAGGAUGUUCAAUUCUUGUUGAGACAAUGGUGGAUUUCUGCCUAAGAUCCAGUAGUUGUCCUCCCUUAGAAAAUUCAGAAUCAUCCAUUUGUGGCAAUAUAGUUAAUCGUGACAUUCUCUCCAGAUUACAGGAAAUGGUACUUGAACUGGAGCUGGAAAGAUGGAGGGGCCCAAGCUUUGGCCCAUCAGAUGAUGGUGGACAUUUCAUGUUCAGAAUUUUUCAAAAAAGGUUACAGUCUAUUGAAAAUGGUUCAACAAUUGGGGAGAGACUUUUGAAGCAGCAGGAGCUACUUGUGUACAAAAGUAUUCUCAUGGGUCUUCCUCCAUCGGUUCUCAUCAGUACCCACGUGUCAGGAUGGCAAAGGUCUUUGCAUUGUGAAGAUUUCUUUCACUUUGUUAAUAAUGAAUUGAAAAACAUCUCUCCUAGAGAAUGUGCCCUGGCCCAUGACAUCAUCAUCCACUUCUUCAGGGGUCUCCUGAGUGCCUGUUUGAAUUGCAAAGAACCAUCCAAAGAGGUUAACUUGAUCCUGACUGCUUGUCAAACCCACUGUCCAAUAAUCCUGUCCUCUGCGGUGUUAUGGUGGCCACGACUAGAGCCAGUUCUUCAGUGUCAGUGGAAGCGACACUUCAAGACUGUGCUGCCCCAGGAGAUAGCACACUUAGCCACUUGCCAACAGUUUGCCAGGAGCUUCCUGCCCUCCGAGGCAGCGCUUUCUUUCAAGCCCUGCACUCCUUGGAUUGCUGCUGCUUCUGUGCAUUUUGCAGUUCAUCAACAAGGAGACCUGGAAACCACCAAAAAAGCCCUGAAGAAGUUGGGAUGUGAAGGAGAGGAGCUCUUGGUCUCUCUUUUCUUCUUUUCCCUCAUGGGUCUUCUCUCCUCGUAUUUGGCACCAAAUGAAGGAAUGAAUUCCCAGAAAUCUUUAGAUAUCUGUGCAGAGGUCCUUGGAUGUUUGGAGAAAAGAAAAUUAUCCUGGUUGCUUCUCUUUCAGUUGACUAAAAAAGAAAAUGCAUCAAAUGGAAGGUAUCAGAUUCUUCUGCAUUUGGCCUCGGACCAGUACCUGAGGUUGUUGCCUUUCGCCUUCUACAGCCUCGUUGCCUACUUUGAUGACGAUCUCUUCAAUAGAGAGCAAGCCUUUCCUUAUGUUGCUGUUGACAUGUACCUGAAGUUAGUCCAGCUUUUUGUAGCAGGAGAGACCAGUGUGAUUUCAGCCAAAGCUCAUUUAAGCCCAGAACAUGGCAAACAGGUGGAUCCUUUAGGACUGAUAACAAAAGCUCGAAUGUUUCUGCUUCACUCAUUACCACAGUGUCCAAGAAGAAGCUUUUCAAGCUUAAUGGAGCUGUUGGCCACCUGUGAAAAGUUUGACCCCGAGGUGAAAGCUGCCCUCCUGAGUAGCCAGCAGUCCCCUGAAGAUGGUGACUUAUAUAGUGAACCUCUUCUCUUCUGAAUGAUGUCUGUGCUGGAAGGACCUUGUCCCAAGGAAGACUUUUGUUGGUAUAAUAAUUUGGCUAUUGUUCCUGAGGAAUAGAAAAAUCACUUUCUUAUUGGACAGAGGCAGCAGAAUACUACUGUGCAUCAGCCCAGGCUACUUCGUAAAUAAUUUAUUACAGGCAUAACCAUGGAGGUCUUGUUACACUAAAAAGUGGAUUACAAAUACCUUCAAUUGCUUUGAGGCAGGGGUAAUCAAUUAUUUAAAAUCUGAGGCUGGUUCCAAAUCAUUCACUUUCCCAGGGGAAGUGAACCUUUUGCCCUGCAGAAGAAGAGCUACAGUACAGACCUGAGGGGCUGUUUUAUGACAGAGAAUGUGGGACUGCCCUACUUCUACCGAUCCACAGAAAAAAGGAGACGUGUCCAUAUCUGUCCAUACUCUUCAAGUGAUUCCAUUCCAUUUAAACACUGCUGCAAUUGGACAUAAUUGGGCAGGCAAAAAAAAAAAAAAAAAAGAAAGAAAGAAAGAAAUUAAAGCAUGGUUAUCUUUGUGUUGGAGCAAGCUGAAACUAUUGCCAUUGAGUCCACUUGAGUUGGAGAAACUAUUAAAAUUCGUGUUAAAAACUCUA